ACUUCUUAAAAGAUCCUCAAGGAAUAGUAAUAAAACAGAAAUAAUCUAUACUUCACCACAAAGAAAAUCCGAAGAAGAAGAAACUCAAACGCCAGCGACAAUCACUGGCGAUACCUCUGAUAGUGAGAGUGAUAAUGGUGUAGAAACGGCUAAUGAGGAACAUGUUGAGUCUGAUGAACGGAUAAAUAAUGAAACCGUUCUUAAUAAAUCUGAUAUAAAUUUGCUUGUUAUGAAUAAUGAAGAGCAAUUACUCCGAGCAAUAGUUGUAGAAUCCGAUGAUCAUUCCUUGGCGCUGUCACUUGACAUGGAAUGUACUUCACAAUCCUUGGUUGUUAAUGCGACCGUUAAAAGCGUUACGAUCACACUAACACCAACACAAAAACAUGUGCGUAUAAGUGUUCUGCAUAAUAAUCAGAGACGGGUAAAGCCUUAUAUGUCUGCAGAGUCUAAUAGUGUACCUGUAGCAACACACACUUAUGUUGUAUCAUUGAGGGAUGGACUAAAUUUAAUUGACGUUUGGGUUAGUCCUCCUAAAGAUAAUGAUUACCGAAAGGAGAAAAGACCAACGAGGAAGAGUAGAAGAUUAGCAAAUGAAGAGGAGACUAACAAUGGCCGAGAUAGUGAGUUAAGGGCUGUUGAUAAAGGAAAAAUGAAAGAAUAUGUUGAAAGAGAAGAAGGUACUGAUAAUGAAGUAAUGAAUUCGGAAAUGAUACAAUCUGACGAAGAUUUUAAUAUGAACUAUGGACAAAAAUAUACACUGUUCGUCACUAGAUUAGAAAUGAACGUUGCCAGAUAA